CAACCAGACCCCACGGAUGUCUAGAUAGAAACACGGGUAGCCAAUUCUGCGUCACUACCAAAACUUCCCUGGAAUAUGAUCCGUGAUAGGCUUCUUUCUCGGCAAAACUAUGGAAACGUCUUGACUCUCCUGAGCAUGGAUUAGUGUUCCUGUAACAAUAAAUGGUUUCAGAUUUAGGAUUUGGUCUUCUGUUAGUGUGACGAUGUAAUAGCACAUGUAUAUUUCCAACAAUGGGAGGUAAACAUAAACAGGCUCAGAGGACUAAAAAUAAUGCUAGGCCAUCAAGCAGCGGACGGAGUGCAGAGUUGCUUGGAAAUUCAGCUGCAACAUUUGUGGGUUUUACUGCAGCAAAGGAUGGAGGUUUUGUGCCAGUUCUUCCUGGUUUUUCAGUCACAUCUGAAGAAUUUGAUCCAAAUCUUAAUCCACAUUUUCAUCUGGUAUUAAAGAAAAUGGGCAAGAAGGAUUCCACUACAAAACUGAAGGCCCUUCAGGAAUUUUCAGAAUUGAUAAAAAAUUCUGAAUCAGAGGCUGUAAAAACAGUUCUGCCACUGUGGCCACGUCUAUAUUGCUGCUUGGCUGUGGAUGUAGACCAUCGUGUUCGUGAGGCUGCACAUCAGGCCCAGAGAGCAGUAGUACUGAGAGCGAAACGUAAUCUUGCUCCAUAUCUCCGUCAGUUGGCUGGUCCCUGGUUUACAUCCCAGUAUGAUACUUAUGCUCCAGCUGCUAGUGCUGCUUCUUUGGCAUUCCAGGAUGCCUUCCCUCCAAAGAAGAUAACAGAAGCCAUUAUAUUUUGUCAGGAAGAGAUCCUGAAUUACAUCUUUGAUAAUCUUAUAGUUCAGACAGCCCAGACAUUGAGCAACCCAAAGACUGUGACAGCAGAGGAAAUGGAGGCCAAAUAUCAGCGUGUGGUUGUGAGCAGUUUGCAAGGCUAUGCACUAUACCUUCACAAGCUUCCUGCAGAACAACUCCAGGCUGUCCACCCAGCCAACAAGAAGCUCAUUUCCUCCAAGAAGUUCUGGAAACUUGCAAAGCAUACAUCAGCAUUGAUCCGUAAUGCUUGGUUCUCUGUACUUACUGCUUUGUGUCAGAAAGCACCUGAUUUAUUGACUGACGAAGGAGCUCGUGCAGCACUUGCUGUAUUUGGUAAUUUAGAUGAGACUGACUCUACAGUAUUGCCAACAGUCUGGGAAGCAUCACUUCAUGUGCUUACUGCUGUUCAGGAUUGCUGGCAGCAUGUGAGUGCAGAGAAACUUGUACUACCUAAAUUAUGGCAUAUUCUUCGUGAGGGAGGAGAAGGCAAUGCAGUCACGAUCUUUCCAAACCUUCUUCCAUUUCUUAGCAAGAUCCCGUCUUCAGUAUGCUCCAAUAAGCAAGACUUCUAUGACAAGUUUUUUGACAGCAUACGUCAUGGUUUAAGCCAGAAGUCUGUGGUGCAGAGUGCCGCAGAAUGCAAUGCUGUUGCCAGAUGCUAUAUUGAGUGUCUCAGGUACAUUGUGCUGCUCCAUCUGAGUGAAUCUGACUUCUGCCAGGCCCUUGUACAGAAUCUUUUGAUAGGAGCAGUGGAAUUAAUGCUAAAGGAUCAGAAAUUGCUGUUGGUGUCUGCUGCAUUGUUUCCUCAAGUGUCAGGCCUUAUUUAUCACUGGAGUAACAGUGAAGGUUAUGGAGUUCUGGUGCAGCUCUUCUGGAAUAACUUAACAUCUUUAGUGCUUGAGUCCCUGUCUUCACCUGAAGAUGCACCUCAUUCCAGAUCCAUCUGUACAGAAUGGCUCCUGAACAGACUUGUAGAGUUUUGUCUUUGUCUUAAGAAUCCAAAGCAUCAAAGAUCUAGCCGAGGACUUAGAGUAAAAUUCGUUUUUCCGGAAAAUGACUCAAAUGGUGAAAGUCUGGAAGCAGAGAGUCCAACAGACACUGUAUUAUCCAUAUCAAAUGAUGUUCAUGUCGACAGAUAUUUACAAAUAGUGGUUGAAGUUAUUUGUGUCUCUUGCUUCAAAAAAACAAAACAAUUCUGUGAUCCAGCUUUUUUGUUUUAUCUUAAUAAGUUGAUCAGAGCCUUUGAAUCAAGAGAAUUGUUUGUGAGCUUAUUAAAAGUAGAUGUUACAGAAGAGAUAGGAACUGAAAGUAAAGAUUCUUUGGUUCAGCUAUAUGACUCAACAUUACACAAGUGGCUACAAGAUGAAAAAAUAUGUUCCGAGAAUUUAGUAGACAUCACAUUUGCCUUGUUGAAGUUCUUAACGGCCGACGAAAAGAACCAUGUCCUGGACACUUUAUGCAAG